UGGAGUUAGAUGUGUCUCCAAAUGCUUUUGAACUGGAGAGGGAACUGGUACUGAGAGGGAGAGAGAGGAGAGGACGUGAGAGAGAGAGGAGGGGAGAGAUAGAGAGAGACGCGCAGAGAAGACGGAGCAGGUCUGCAGUCUGAUUCUUGGCGUCGCACAGACCCGAGACGACGCUGUGGCCAAGCGCUGCGAUACUGGGGAUACAUACAUACCGCAUAUUUCUCUCUAUACAGUCAGAUCUCUGACUACACUUCAACGUUGGUGAAGAACUUCCAAAACGAGGCGAUUUUUUUUUUGGUUUCUUGGAUCCGGAUAACCUCUGUGGCUCUCCAUCAUCCGUCGUCCGUUCAUCUGAAUCUCGGUCCAAUGACGAGUUUUAACGUGGAUUAUCGGCACCGCACAUGUUACAUGGAGAUAAAAUAAAGAGGACAAAUAAGUGCUGCGGGACAAACUGAAGGAGGGAUCUCCUGGGUCUUUUUCUGCCGUGUGUCUGGUAAUAUCAAUUACAUAUGUGGAGCGGUCGAGGGGAUUUUCGUGAUUUUUUACGCGUGCGGGGUAGAUCAGUGACCACUUGAAUCACGUCUCCCCCUUGGUUUGCCUCCCCUCCUUUCUCCCCCUUUAGGUGUGAAAUCGAUCUUCUCAGACAGAGACUCUGAACCCCUCGGUCCCCGCAUGACAUGGUUCAGUCCAGCUGCGAGAUCCGAGCCUCCUCCAUGCAUUGGGAUUUUUCUCAGCGCCGACACCGAGUGAAUCUCCCUUUUUUGACCAUCUGAGAAGUAUCGUGCCUGCCAGACCCGAGAGAAAAAGCCCUGCCAUGACCGCCGCUUCAAACCGGGACGGAGCAACGGGACUUGUGAGGAGACCGGAAUGCGCAUGCAGGAAAGGGGACGGAAUACGGAUUUUUGCUCUAAUGAAGGCGGGAGUGCAGGCGCACCAUUGGAGCCGGGUGCUGUUCUUAUAUAUGGGGCUACUGGCCGCCUCAGUAAAGGCUCAGAACUGCAGUUACACACUACACAGUCCCAACGGGACGAUAGAGAGCCCAGGCUACCCUUACGGUUAUCCUAACUAUGCCAACUGUACAUGGGUGAUCGUGGCGGCGGAGCACAACCGGAUACAGCUGGUGUUUCAAGGCUUCGCCCUCGAGGAGGACUUUGACAUCUUGUCUGUAUAUGACGGGCCACCCAGCCCAGGGAACCUGCGGACGAGGUUAACAGGGUUCCAGCUGCCUUCACCCAUUGUGAGUACAGGCUCCAGGCUCACACUGUGGCUACUGUCUGACUACGCAGUCAGCGGGCAGGGAUUUAAAGCUGUCUACGAAGCUCUGCCCAGCUACACUUGUGGUAAUCCUGGACAGCUACUCAAUGGCCACCAGCAGGGGUCCACGUUCAACAUAGGGGACAAAAUCCGCUACAGCUGCAGCCCAGGCUACGUGCUGGAGGGUCACACCACCCUGUCCUGCCUUGCCACCUCAGCGGGGACUGCUGCCUGGGAUUUUCCCCUUCCCUACUGCAGAGCGGAUGAUGGGUGUGGCGGGACACUGCGGGGCCAGAGUGGGGUGAUCACCACCCCCAAUUACCCAGCUGAGUACAACAACAACGCUGACUGCACCUGGACUGUGCUGGCUGAGCCAGGAGACACCAUUGCCCUGGUUUUCUCUGACUUUCAGCUGGAGGACGACUAUGACCUGCUGGAGGUCAGCGGCACUGAGGGCUCUUCACAGUGGUUCACUGGCCCCAACCUUCCCUCACCCAUCAUUAGCAGCAAGAAUUGGCUCCGACUGCACUUUACCUCUGAUGGCAACCACAAGUUAAGAGGUUUCAGUGCCCAGUAUCAAGUGAAGAAGAUGACUGAACUGAAGUCUCGAGGUGUAAAGAUGUUGCCGAGCAAAGACAACCACCACAAGAUAUCAGUGUUGUCUCAGAUGGGUGUAGCGCAGGGACACAACAUGUGUCCAGACCCGGGGAUCCCGGAUCGGGGAAAAAGAAAAGGCUCAGACUUCAGGCGAGGAGCCACGGUGCAUUUCUCCUGCGACGAAGGUUAUGAACUGCAGGGCUCAAAGAGCAUCAGUUGUCUCAGAGUGACUGACAGCUAUGUAGGCUGGAGUGACGACCGGCCCAUAUGCAGAGCACCAAUGUGUGGAGGUCAGUUGAGAGGACCCAGUGGUGUCAUCACAUCUCCAAACUACCCGGUCCAGUACGACAACAAUGCGAACUGCACUUGGGUCAUCACAGCCACAGACACAUCAAAGGUGAUCAAGCUGACAUUUGAGGAUUUUGACCUGGAGCGAGGCUAUGACACUCUGACGGUGGGAGACGGCGAGGUGGUGGGAGACCAGAAGACCAUCUUCCACGUCCUGUCUGGCACCACCACUCCAGACCUUGUGGUUAGCACCAGUCACCAGAUGUGGCUCAACUUCAAAACAGACGACACCAGCGGCUCCCUGGGAUUCAAGGUUUCCUAUGAAGAAAUUGACCAAGGCAGCUGUGGAGAUCCUGGAAUCCCUGCUUACGGCAAACGGGAGGGGACAGGAUUUCGUCACGGGGACAGACUGUACUUUGAGUGUCUGCCCGCCUUUGAGCUGGUGGGGAAGAAGAACAUCACCUGUCAGAAGAACAACCAGUGGUCAGCGAAGAAACCCAGCUGCGUCUUUUCCUGUUUCUUCAACUUUACCACUCCAUCCGGGGUGCUGCUGUCUCCCAACUACCCUCAGGAGUACGGCAACAAUAUGCACUGUGUAUGGCUGAUCAUCACCAAUCCUGAGAGCCGCAUUAAUCUGGCCUUCAAUGACCUCAGCAUGGAGAAACAAUUUGACUUCCUCUCGAUCAAGGACGGUGGAAAGGCUGAGUCUCCUAUCCUGGGUACAUUUUCUGGUGAUGCGCUACCCCCUCCUAUAACAACCAGUGCCCACGUGGCCCGACUGGAGUUCCUGACUGACCACACCUACACAGACAGAGGCUUUAACAUCACUUUUACAACAUUUCGCCACAACGAGUGCCCAGACCCUGGUGUGCCAGUCAACGGGAAGCGCUUUGGUGAGAGCCUUCAGCUGGGCAGCUCCAUCUCAUUCCUGUGCGAGGAGGGCUUUGUGAAGACCCACGGCUCGCAAACCAUCUCUUGCAUUCUCAAGGACGGCAACGUGGUGUGGGACAAUGCAGUUCCUCGCUGCGAAGCCCCAUGUGGAGGGGAUCUGAAGGCUCCCAGUGGGAUCAUCCUCUCCCCUGGCUGGCCAGAACUCUAUAAGGAGGCUCUUAACUGUGAAUGGAUCAUUGAGGCUCCUCCAGGCUACCCAAUCAAGAUCAUCUUCGACAAGUUCCGCACAGAGGUCAACUAUGAUGUCCUGGAGGUGCGGGAUGGACGUUUUCCCUCCUCACCUCUAAUUGGUAGUUACCAGGGUACCCAGGUUCCUCAGUUCCUCAUAAGCACCUCCAACUUUCUGUAUCUCCUCUUCUCGACCGACAAGAGCCACUCUGACAUCGGCUUCCGCAUUCGUUAUGAAACCCUGCAGUUGCAGUCGGAUCACUGCGUGGACCCUGGUAUACCUGUCAACGGACAGCGGCACGGCAAUGACUUCUACGUGGGCGCUUUGGUGACAUUUAGCUGUGACGCGGGGUACACACUUAGUGACACAGAGCCCUUAGAAUGUGAACCCAAUUUUCAGUGGAGCCGCCCCCUGCCUAGCUGCGAUGCAUUGUGUGGAGGUUAUAUCCAGGGCAACUUUGGCACCAUCCUGUCACCUGGCUUCCCAGACUUCUACCCACACAACCUGAACUGCACGUGGAUAAUCGAGACCUCCCAUGGCAAAGGUGUCCAGUUCACUUUCCACACUUUCCACCUUGAGAGCCCUCACGACCAUUUGCUGGUGACAGAGAACAGCAGCUUCUCUCAGCCUCUGUGGAGACUGACGGGCUCAACACUGCCUCCACCUCUCAGCGCAGGCCUGUUUGGAAACUACACGGCUCAGAUCCGCUUUCUCUCUGACUUCUCCGUUUCCUACGAGGGAUUCAACAUCACUUUCUCCGAGUAUGAUUUGGAGCCAUGUGAGGAUCCUGGCAUCCCACCCUACAGUACUAGAAAGGGACUACAGUACGGAGUGGGUGACGCCCUCAUCUUCUCCUGUUUCCCGGGUUACCGACUGGAGGGUCCGGCGAGGGUGAUUUGCUUAGGGGGCAGGAGGCGGGUGUGGAGUUCCCCUCUGCCAAGGUGUGUUGCUGAAUGCGGCUCAUCCGUGACUGGCAUGCAAGGGGUGCUGCUCUCACCCAACUACCCCGGUUACUACGGCAACAACCACGAGUGCAUCUACUCCAUCCAGACGCAGCCUGGCAAAGGCAUCCAGCUACGAGCACGAGACUUCAGACUGGAGGAGGAUGACAUACUCAAAGUCUUUGAUGGCAGCAGUAAUAAGGCUCGUCUGCUGGGGGUGUUUACCGGGAGCGAGCUGCUAGAGACAACCCUGAACUCCACCUCCAGCUCCAUGUGGCUGGAGUUCAUCAGCAAUUCAGAUAACACCAGUAAAGGCUUUGAACUGCACUUCAUUAGUUUCGAGCUGGUGAAAUGUGAGGAUCCAGGUGUUCCCCAGUUUGGCUACAAGCGGGAGGACAAAGGUCAUUUUGCAGGGAGCACUGUGUCUUACAGCUGUGACCCUGGCUAUACACUGAAAGGCCCCGAGGUGCUUACCUGCCUGAGGGGGGAAAGGAGGGCAUGGGACAGCCCCCUCCCACUCUGCGUUGCCGAGUGCGGGGGCAACAUCAAGGAAGAGCUCUCUGGUCGUAUCCUGUCUCCGGGCUACCCAGCUCCUUAUGAGCACAACCUGCACUGCAUGUGGACCAUUGAGGCCGCCCCUGGAAGCACUAUUAGUCUGCAUUUCCUGGUUUUCCACACGGAGGAGGUCCACGAUGUGCUUCGGAUCUGGGAUGGGCCCCAAGAUGGAGGGGUCCUGCUGAGGGAGCUGAGUGGCUCAGUGCUGCCCCCGGAUGCCCACAGCACCUUCAACACUGUCAGCCUGCAGUUCACCACGGACUUCUUCACCAGCAAGCAGGGCUUUGCUCUGCAGUUCUCUGUCUCCACUGCAACCUCCUGCAAUGACCCAGGCAUGCCUACUAAUGGGACCCGCGGUGGCGACAGCAGGGAGCCAGGGGACCAUGUGGUGUUCCAGUGUGAUCCUGGCUACAUCCUGCAGGGGGCCAACAGGAUCACCUGCACUGAGAUCAACGGCCGCUUCUUCUGGCAGCCAGACCCUCCAACAUGCACAGCUCCAUGUGGUGGAAACCUGACAGGUCCCAGUGGGCUGAUUCUGUCUCCAGACUAUCCUGAGCCUUACCCCCAUGGUAGGGAGUGUGACUGGACAGUCACUGUCACACAGGACUACGUCAUCGCUCUCAGCUUCAACCAGUUCAGCUUGGAGCCCAGUUAUGACUUCUUACAUAUCUACGAUGGGCCGGACUCCCUCAGCCCCUUGCUGGGCAGUUUCUAUGGCACAGACGUUCCAGAUCGCAUUGAGAGCAGCUCCAACACACUCUUCUUGGCUUUCCGCAGCGACGCCUCCCUCAGCAGCAAUGGAUUUGUGCUGCAGUACACAGAGAACCCCAGGGAGUCUUGCUUCGAGCCGGGCCUGGUGCGCAAUGGGACUCGGGUGGGUGCCGACCUCAAGCUGGGCUCCACUGUCACCUACCACUGCGACAGUGGCUACACACUAGAGGGAGACCCAACCCUCACUUGCAUCAUGGGGGGAGACGGCAAGCCGAGCUGGAACAAACCCAAACCCAUCUGCAUUGCUCCAUGUGGUGGACAGUACUCAGGUUUGGAGGGAGUGGUCUUGUCUCCUGGUUACCCUGGCAACUACAGCAGUGCACGGACCUGUCUGUACUCCGUGGUGGUGCCCAAGGAUUACGUGGUCUUCAGUCAAUUCGCCUUCUUCCAGACAGCUCUGAAUGACAUUGUGGAGGUUUAUGAUGGAGCGACACAGCACUCCCGGGUUCUCAGCUCCCUUUCCGGAGCACACACAGGCGAGUCGUUGCCACUAGCAACCUCCAACCAAAUCCUGAUCCGCUUCACCUCCAAAGGCCAAUCCAGCUCUAGAGGAUUCCACCUGGUAUACCAGGCUGUGCCACGGACCAGUGCCACCCAGUGCAGCUCGGUCCCUGAGCCCCGCAAUGGCCGCCGUAUGGGUAACAACUUUGCUGUUGGCGCUGUGAUCCGCUUUGAGUGCAGUCCAGGUUAUAUGCUGGAGGGAUCGAGCGCCAUUGAAUGUUUGACGGUUCCCAAUGCCCUGGCACAAUGGAACAGCUCCAUACCCAGCUGUAUAGUUCCAUGUGGAGGCAACCUGACUCACAGAACUGGCACCAUCUUAUCUCCUGGCUUUCCUGAGCCGUACCUCAACAGCCUCAACUGUGUCUGGAAGAUCACUGUUCCUGAAGGAUCAGGGAUCCAGAUCCAGGUAAUCAGCUUUGUCACAGAGCAGAACUGGGACUCGCUGGAGGUGUUCGACGGAGGAGACAACACCGACACUAUGCUUGGCAGCUUCUCAGGCACCACGGUUCCAGCUCUCCUCAACAGCACCUCCAACCAACUCUACCUCCACUUUUUCUCUGAUAUUAGUGUGUCUGCAGCUGGAUUCAGGCUGGAAUACAAAACGGUGUCUCUGACUAACUGUCCAGAGCCUGUGGUUCCUAUGAAUGGCAUCAAGGUUGGGGAGCGUCUUCAGAUGAAUAAUGUGGUGUCUUUCCAGUGUGAACCGGGAUAUACUUUACAGGGGAACUCGCACAUCACCUGUAUGCCUGGAACCGUCAGACGAUGGAACUACCCACCUCCCCUCUGCAUUGCUCAAUGUGGCGGGAUCCGGGAAGAGAUGGAGGGCAUGAUUCUCAGCCCAGGUUUCCCUGGCAACUACCCUAGCAACAGUGACUGUACCUGGAGAAUCUACCUGCCGGUUGGUUAUGGAGCCCACCUUCAGUUCCUCAACUUCUCCACCGAGGCCAACCAUGAUUUCCUUGAGAUUCGCAACGGUCCCCUUGAUACAAGCGCGGUGAUUGGUCGCUUCAGCGGCCAGGAUAUUCCCUCCUCCCUUCUCACCACCUCCCACGAGACCACAGUAUAUUUCCACAGUGACCACUCACAGAACAAGCCGGGGUUUAGAUUCGAGUACCAGGCUUACGAGCUACAGGAGUGCCCCGAUCCAGAGCCUUUCCGUUACGGCGUGGUGGUGGGUGCUGGCUUCAACGUGGGCCAGUCUAUUUCCUUUGAGUGUCUGCCCGGGUAUCAGCUGAUGGGACAUUCCAUCCUCACUUGUGAGCACGGCACCACCCGCAAUUGGGAUCACCCGUUCCCUCGCUGCGAAGUGCCUUGCGGUGGGAACAUCACAUCAGACAAUGGGACCAUCUUCUCCCCGGGUUACCCAGAGGAAUACCCCAGCUCAGCUGACUGCUCCUGGCUGAUUACCGUGGCCCCUGGCUUCGGCAUCAAAAUCAACUUCACCCUGCUGCAAGUUCACGGGCCGCACGAUUUCAUCACUGUCUGGGAUGGUCCACAGGAAACAACCAGGAAACUAGGAGUGUUCACUGAUGGUGAGCCCAAUGACCCGCCCAGCAGCACGUCAAAUCAGGUGCUGAUACGUUUCCGUAGUAACACAGAGAAAGGUGGACUAUUCCGUAUCAGCUAUCAAGCUUACAGGCUGCAGUUCUGCCUGCCUCCCCCCAUCAUUCCGAAUGCAGAGAUCCUGAUGGCAAGCAAAGAGUUUAAAAUUGGUGAUAUAGUGCGCUACCGAUGUCUCCCAGGCUACCAGUUAAGUGGAAACAGCAUCCUGACCUGCCGGUUGGGGACACACUUGGAGUUUGAGGGGCCGCCACCCUCAUGCGAUGUGACUUGUCCCAUGAAUGAGGUACUGACAGCUUCCACAGGUGUCAUCAUGAGCCAGUCGCCAGGCAGCGGCUUCCCCCAUUUUGAGUCCUGCUCCUGGGUGGUCAAAGUGGAACCUGGCUACAACAUCACCUUCACCAUAGAGCACUUCCAGACCAGCCGACAGUUUGAUGAGCUUGAGAUCUUUGAUGGCCCAUCCAGACAGAGCCCGCUCCUGAUUACCCUCAGUGGUAACUAUUCCAACCCACUGAGCAUCACCAGCUCCAGUAACAAAGUCUACCUGCACUGGUCCUUCGAUCAUACUACCAGCCACAAAGGCUUUCGCAUACGCUACUCAGCGGCCUACUGCAGCCCUCCAAACAACCCUGUGAAUGGCACCGUGCACAGUCUGACAGGCACUAAGCUGGGCAGCACCCUACGCUUCAACUGUGACCAGGGCUUCCGGCUCAUUGGUCAGAGUAGUGCCACAUGCACCCGGACUGCACAGGGGACCAACCAGUGGAAUGCACCGGUACCACUUUGCCAAGUUAUGUCCUGUGGAAUGCCAGUGCCUCCGGUCAAUGGCAGUAUUGUAGGCCAGGAUUUCUCUCUAGGAGCCAGGGCCACAUACCAGUGUAAUCCAGGAUUUCGGCUUGCCGGGCCUGUCACCACCUCUGUGAUCUGCCAGGAGUCUGGGAGGUGGAGCCCCAUUGAGGCCCCACCCAGAUGUGUUCCGGUGACCUGCCCUGACAUCGGCCACUCUGCUGUGGAACAUGGGAGAUGGAGGCUGAUCUAUGGUACCCAAAACCAAUAUGAUGCUAUAAUGAUGCUCAUCUGUGAUCCGGGAUAUUACUACAGGGGUCAAAGGGUCAUCCGUUGCCAGGCCAACAGCACCUGGAACUACCCAGACCCACGCCCAGUCUGCGACAUCAUCUCAUGCGGGGACCUGGGGACUCCACCGAAUGGCAACAAGAUUGGAACACUUACCGUCUAUGGAGCCACUGCCAUUUUCUCCUGCAACACAGGAUAUACGCUGGUGGGCUCCCGGGUACGAGAGUGUAUGUCCAAUGGGCUUUGGAGUGGAACGCAGGUCCAGUGUCUCGCUGGUCAUUGUGGCACCCCGGAGCCUAUAGUGAAUGGACAGAUCAUUGGGGAGAAUUACAACUAUCGAGGCAGCGUUGUGUACCAGUGUAACCCAGGGUUUCGUCUCAUUGGGGUGUCGGUGAGAAUUUGUGAACAGGAUCACCGCUGGUCAGGACGCACUCCUGUCUGUGUCCCUAUCACAUGUGGUCAUCCCGGAAACCCUACCUUCGGUAUGACCCAAGGAACCCAGUUCAACUUAAAUGAUGCUGUGCGCUUUGUCUGCAAUAUUGGAUAUGUCCUGCAAGGGGCCGUAAAGUCUACCUGCCAGGCCAAUGGGCAGUGGAGCAACGCCCUUCCCAGGUGUAAAAUUGUGAACUGCACAGAGCCUGGUCAUGUAGAGAACAGCAUCAGGCAGGUACUGCCCAGCGGGCCUCAUCGCUACAGCUUCCAGACCACUGUGUCGUACCGCUGUAACCCGGGCUACUACCUGCUGGGCACCAGCUCCAUCUCCUGUCAGGGGGACGGUACCUGGGACCGCUCCCUGCCUAAGUGCCUGUUGGUGCUGUGUGACCGCCCCAGCAUGCCUCCCUACGCCCAGAUCUCCGGCGACCGUCGGACAGUAGGCUCAGUCAUCCGCUACAGCUGCAUCGGCCAGCGUACCAUCAUCGGCAACACAACGCGAAUGUGCCAGCUGGACGGCCAGUGGAGCGGCUCGCCACCACACUGCUCCGGCGAGUCUGCCGGGCUGUGCGGAGAUCCAGGCAUUCCUGUCCAUGGCAUCCGUCUGGGAGAAGAGUUUACAGUGGGCAGCGUUGUCCGCUUUAGCUGUGAGCCUGGUUUCAUGCUGAAGGGUUCGCCAGAGAGAACUUGUCUGGCCAAUGGGACCUGGCUGGGCACCCAACCUGAGUGUCAUGUGAUCUCUUGUGGCAACCCGGGAACUCCACGGAAUUCCCAGAUCCUGAUCCACGAUGGUUUAACGUUCUCCAGAUCCAUAACUUACGCUUGCAGGGAGGGCUACUACUCCACUGGCCUGCUUACCCGACACUGCACUGUUAACGGGACAUGGACCGGCAACAUGCCCGAGUGCUCUGUUAUCAACUGUGGUGACCCUGGAGUGCCAGCCAACGGGGUGAGGUUGGGCAACGAUUUCACCUACAACCACACAGUGAGUUUCCAGUGUUCUCCUGGUUUCACCAUGGAUGCUGACCGCGCCUCAGCUCUUAUCUGCACCAAGGACCGCACCUGGAAUGGCACCAAACCCCAGUGUAAAGCGAUCGUAUGCGGUCCGCCACCUGUCAUCCCUAAUGGACAGGUAGUCGGCACAGACUUCACCUGGGGCUCCAGCAUCAGCUACUCUUGCAACCAAGGUUACCAGUUGUCCCUGCCCACUGUGUUAACAUGUCAGGGCAACGGCAACUGGAGUGGAGAGAAACCCCAGUGCUUCCCUGUUUUCUGUGGAGACCCAGGGAUGCCAGCUCAGGGGAGGAGGGAGGACCGAGGAUUCACCUAUCUGUCCUCUGUCUCCUUCUCCUGUUACCCUCCCCUCGUCCUGGUGGGCUCUACCAGGAGAUAUUGUCAAUACGACGGCACCUGGAGUGGCACACAACCCUCUUGCAUAGAUCCCACUCACACUACCUGUGGAGACCCUGGCACUCCUCUCUUUGGAAACCAGAACAACAGCCAAGGCUACCAGAUCAGCAGCACUGUGUUCUUCAGCUGUAGAAAGGGCUACCUACUGCAGGGCUCCAUUUCUCGCACUUGUCUGCCCAACCUCACUUGGAGUGGUUUUCAACCUGAGUGCAUUGCCCACCACUGCAGCCAGCCCGAGCUGCCAGCCCAGUCUGAUGUGAGAGCCAUUGAACUGCCAUCCCUUGGCUACACGCUGAUCUAUACAUGUCAGCCUGGCUUCUACUUGGCUGGAGGAUCAGAGCAUAGGACCUGCAGAUCGGAUGGGAGCUGGACAGGGAAACCUCCUCUCUGUGCAGCUGAUAAUCGCCCAAGUGGUAAGAGCCCAGUGGGGACAGUGCAGGAGCCACCCUCCAAAUUACCAGUCCCUGGUGGUGUAUUCGCUAAAAACUCUCUCUGGAGGGGAUCCUAUGAGUAUCUGGGGAAGAAGCAGCCGGCCAUGCUCAGCAUCACUGCCUUUGAACCUGUCAGCAACCGGGUCAACGGGACACUCAUCGAUCACAGCGGAGUGGAACUCAAACUGGCCGGUACAUACAAGAAGGAGGAAGCUCAGCUGCUGCUACAGGUCCACCAGAUCAGAGGCCCUGUGGAGAUCUUUGUCAACAAGUUCAAAAUAGACAACUGGGCCCUGGAUGGACAUGUGUCCUACAUCUCUUCAUCCAACUCCUUUGUGUACCAGGGAUUUGUCAGAGGAAAAGGCUUUGGCCAAUUUGGUCUCCAGAGACUGGAGAGUUUAGAUCCCAGCAGAGACAACCCGGGCUACAACUUUGCGUCGAACAGCAGUUCAGUGGCGGCAGCCAUCCUAGUGCCUUUUAUAGCCAUGAUCAUUGCAGGCUUCGCUCUGUACCUCUACAAACACAGAAGAAGACCCAAAGUCCCCUUCAACGGUUACGUGGGCCAUGAGAACACUAACGGACGAGCUACGUUUGAGAACCCGAUGUAUGACCGCAACAUCCAACCCACUGACAUCAUGGCCAACGAGACAGAGUUCACAGUCAGCACAGUGUGCACAGCUGUAUAGCAACUGCUUCCUCCAGAGCCAGGGGAGGAGAAGUGCACCACAUCUUCGCCUGCCUGCCAACAGAGGACAUCCAUAGUUCCUUGAGCAGAGGGCAAGACAAAGAUUAUUUUAUUCGCUGAAAUACAUCCAAGAAACAUCUCCAGUGGCAAAGUCUCCUUCCUGCAGGAGGUGAGAAAAAAAAAAGAAACCAUGUGAAGACAACACCGACUGUAACAAACGCCAACAACAAAAUGCUUUUUGUAACUUUACAUGGUUUCUUGAUCAUUUUCCAUAUUUCGAGGAAAAGCUUCCACCUGAAACUACAGCCAGCAGGAGUAACGCUGGAAGCAACGCUGUGAUGACUUUUCUCACCGCCCUCCGCCUAAACCCAAAGGGAAUUUUAUGGUCAACUUUAAGUCAAGAAAUUGACCUGUAGCUAACAGAGAUCUCUGUGCAAGUUAACUGUACGGCGGACAGCCCCGUCUCGGCCUGUGUGAGUCAAAGAGAGACAGUCUGGACUGUUUCGAUUCACUCUACUCUGUUUUCAUUUGCUUUUUUUUUUUUUUGGGUUGUUGUUCUCUUUUUAUACGCUGCUUGCUUUCUGUGAUGAGUAAUUGGGAACCCUGUUUUUCCCCAACCGUCUUCUCCCGAGGCUUCUGAAAGGUUUCAUCAGUGGCCCCAAGUCUCUGGCUGAGGAUGAAUUAAAAAUUAAGUAAGUUUUGGAGGCCAUGUUGGAGACACACAUUCUGUCAUUACUUUGUGAGCUCGACUCUUGUCCUCCCUUUCUUUUUUCUUUUUAAGCAGGGAUGAAAUUCUGCUUGCUGAGGCAGCUGUGUCCAGAGCAGGGGUUAAAAGGUAGCUAGGGCUGCUGAAAGAAAAGCACUUAGUGAGGGUGUAGAAAGAAUUAAUGUGUAAAUGUGAGCAAGAGAGACUGUGUGCAUAUGUGUGGUAGCUGCAUCCGCAAUCUACCCCAAAUAUCUCCUGUCUGUUUUGGCCCCAAAUACACCACCAGACACAUGACAGAUGUGUUGCUUAAAUUUCUCCAAAUUUAUUUUAUUUUAUUUAUUUCUUGUUUAAGGUAUUGUGGGGAUUUGGUUUAGGAUUAUCAGUACACCUGGAUGCUCUGGAUGCAUCAAGAAAAUAAAAGGCUACCCAGAACAAAUGCUGACAAUGUAUAGAUCCACUGAGAAAACUAAAGGCAGUGUCGGUCUCUAGUUCCAGCUUUCAUCCGCUUCCUCUUUGUUUGCAGUGAUUCAUGUGUAAUCACUCAAUGUUUCUGUGUCUGGGAGAGAUUGAAAAGAAAAUGUGGACAGACAAAGCCGCCUCUCUAACUGAUGCACCUACGUCAAAUGAGGCAACACUCAAACUUGCUUCACGUUAACAUCAGUUACGACUUUCCUGCCACUGUCACUCUGAGGCGCUUGAGGAGAAAAAGACAUCGGCACGGUCAAUGUAGGGACGGCAGUAUAUUUCCAUGGAUAUAUAAAGGCCUUGGGACCACAUCUCCUUUUUUUUUUUUUUUUUACCUCCUUCAUUUUUCAAAAUCGGAACAAAGCUGUAGCACCAAGCAAGUUACAACGUGUGGCGCAUUUUCGUUUUUUCCAAGUCUGAUGUCAAAUUCUCCGCUCUGACUUUCUUUUUUAAUCCUGGAUCACAUGUUUCUGCAGCUCGAAGGUGGUGCGUACUGUAUUUUCUCUGAGAUCAAGUUGCAGUAUGAGCUCCCUAAACUUGGCCCUAGGAAAGCGAAAGAUCAAAGUGUGGUCAUGUUUGAACUCCCUCGAAAAUGUACAACUCAAGGCGCUUGAGUCUGAAGAAUGGAUGAGUCAGUGAUGUGUUCCCCACUGGAUUACAUUCAGGCCUUUUCCUCCAAGUUAACUUCUGACAGCUCCAUCCUUUUUUUUUUUUUCUUUGGAAACACAGUAGUGUUGCUUUGUUUUGGCUUCGCUCGUCAUGGAAAUGUUGCAGAAGGCAUCCUCAGAGCUGUGACAGCAGGGGAGCUGCUGGCAUACUGAUUACCCCAUGCAUUAAAUUGGAAAUGAUAAAUGUGAUAAGGAAAAAAAAGUGUUUAUGCCUCUAAUGCUAAUACUCCUCAAAUCUGUGGCAUCCGGGGAGUGAUAUACCGAAAAUAUAGUUUUGAAGGAGCGACGCAGGAGGGAGCUGUCAUCAGCUAUAACAGCAGGACUCUACCAUGGCUGGUGAAUGACAUGCCUGAUGAGACGAGAGAAUCUAAAGCAUUAAUACUUUUGUGACCCCUGUAACGUGUGUGUAAAAUGUGUAUGAGUCCUAUGAAGGAAACCGACUGGAUUUCAAACACCCUGCUCCCAGAUAUUUACCACUUGCUAUCCCCAUACCUGUGUAUCCUGUGGAUGCUGAGUAGGGUGAAUAGUGCUCGAAUUUCAUUGCAGCAAAUUGAGCCAUUACAUGCAAUUUGCUCUAAUUUAGCCAUGCUUCAUUGUCAAACCCAUAUCGAAUCCUGAAUUCACCUCACCAUUAUCACUGACAGGACAGACCCUCAAUUAUGUUGUGUUUGACUGAUAAAAAGGCAGUCUGAAACACCCAUAGCUCCUUGAUUUACCAUGUGCUCUUUCUUUUGGGACAUUAGGAGGAAAAUUUGACCUGCAUGGAUUUGUUUUGGUACAUUAGCAUAUACAUUAUAUAUGUUCUCACAGUCAAAAAUCAACCUUCAUACCAACAGGUUUUUUAAUGAAGUCUUUAAAGUCACCUAGAGUACAUAAUUUCCCUCAGAAUUCCUGGCCUUUGAAACCAAUCACUGUAUUGUUCCUUCAAUUAGUUUCGCUGUGGGUCGGUAAUUGCUUUUACAAUUUUAUUACUUUUAAAGCUCUCGCUUAUCUCGACAGUACAGAUAGAAUAUUGCCCCUUGCCUGCUCUGGUCGUGAAUUGAUGGAAAAGGAAACGAUUGAAUUACCCCGGAGAUUUCACGGGGAGAGGAGCAGUUGCACUCGCAUUAUCUUGAAGGCAUUGUUACUUGGUUCUCAUAGUUUUAUGUGGCUCUUGUGUUGUGCAUUUCAUUUGUUUUUUUGUUCUGAAAUUGCUCCAAAUAUUUCAGCACAGUCGAUAGCUUCAUUACAUUCCAGUUAGUUUCUGUUAAGGCCACUUUGAAGUGGUCUUUCCCCUCCAUUCAUUACUCCCAUGGCAGCGUUUAGCACACUUUACACAACAUUUUAUUAAGCUGUGUUGAGUAUUAAACAAACAAAUGUGAUUAGCUGGUGCAGUAGGACAUGAUGCCCCCCACUCCCUCAAUGGAAAGGAUUCUAUUUGACUAGAUUAAGACUGUGGAUUUAGACAAACAUAAUGCAGAAGCAGAAGCUCACAACUAUGAUUGUUUUUACCAACAAAGGGCUCAGUCUCAACAAGUUCAGAAAUGGUUUUGAAGGGCCAGACCUUUUCAUGUUUUUUUGUUUGUUUGUUCUUUACCUCCUCCAGUCUCCAAUAAGCACUUUAUGUUCAUUAUAGUGCCUUGGUAAAACCCCAUGAUAUGAUAAACCAGCUUGAGUGGCUUUGUUUUUGUGUUCAGGAGUUCCAGACGUAGUUUCUUUACUAAGAUUGGGGGGGUUAAAAUGUUUUCCUGUCAGAUAUUUGAGCUCCUUUUUCUGUUUUUUGGUCAAGUCCUUUUUAUCAGCUCAUCUUGAUUAACCCACACACACAGUCAUAUACCUAUGAAAGAAACUGCAAGCUCUUUGCGCCUGUGUUUUUGAUCUUACAGGGGAAAACUGACCUCGUUAGGAUCACUUCAUAUCAAUUUUUGCCCCUUUGUUGCUUUUCCUAAAAGAGCGAUGAGCUCAUUAGUACUGUAUUUCAGUGUGCAAGGACUAAUGUUGUGGAUUUACGUGCUUGCCUACAUGUGUGGGUGAGUGUUUGUGUUGUGUGUGUUUCUAAAGGUUUAUAAAAAGUUACUUUUUCAACCAAAGAAAGAGAUUCAAAUUUAACCAAAACAGAAUUAGGCAAUAUUACAAAUUCAGAUAAAUUGUUUCCAUCAGUUCUUAAUGUGCUUCGUUUAGUUCCACCAGCUAUAAAAGUUUUUAAUGGGGAACAAGACAUUCUCAAAAAUUCAUGCUGGUAAUUUUGCAGAAUUGGGAGUUUUCGCUUAAUGGGUACUACAUCUAUAGAAAUACUUUCUUCUUAACCCGUCUGGGUGAGCCCCGAAAGUUCUCAAAGAAAGUGCAGUACAGUUAUAUGAAAAUGAAGAUCAGUGAGUUCUGGAUGGAGCCGUGCUAUAAGAGUUUGAAGAGACUCUUUCUUGAUAGCGGCCGGCUACUUCCUGGUUUCUCUUUGCAUAUUUUAAGACAGAAACUCUGAUCAUCCAAGGUUCAUUUUCGUUAUCAGCCAGAGACAGCUCUGAGUUCUCUCCUGCUCACCAUCUCCUCUAUAAUGAAACAGCAAUGGUCUUUGAGUUCCCAUCGAGUUCACUGAAUUCUCUCACAGUCAGGGACUAAACCAAAAGCUUCCCUUUUCUUCCUGCAGCUAGUGCUCUCACAUUUCAGCGCAGGCCACAAGAAUCGGAAAACUAAGCAAUCCAUCCAUCAUGCUGUGUGACAUAUUCUGCUAUCAUUUGUAAUCUCCCAUCUUCAUUGUCACCGCAUAUUGACGGCUACAACAAAGCCACAUUUACUGCUGUGUUUCUUUCAGGUCCAUUCCAUGCAAUUUGCCUUCACUAUUCAGCCCAUUUUGGUGUGUCUAGUGGACUCGAGCAAGGAGGAGAGGGUAAAGAGAUGUAUUCUGAAAAAGAUUCGGAGCUUAAAUGAAUUUUGUUCUGUAAAUUGAGAUAAGAGAACUGGUAGUUCCAUGAUUUGGGAUCAGAUCACUGGAGGUAUUACUGAAAAACUACUGAAUGUAUUUCAUUUCACUGAGUGCAUCAGAAUUUAUCUAUCUAUACUGUGUUCAAUAUCUGUAAUCCCACAACUGCUCCUCUGUUUGUGUGCAGUAAUGGAAAAAAUGUGUUGCCACAAUGUGUCAUCCUCGGGAUAAAAACAGAAUGUCCAAUUUAUCUAGAGUAUAAUACAGCAAAAAUAUUUACAGAGAGAUGCUUUUUAUUACCAGAGACUUUACAUUCCUGUAUUUUUGACAUGGCAACAGAGUUAUUACAAGGUCCCAUGUUUUAUUUAUUUCUUUUCUGUGACAUUAUUUCAUGCCAGCCCAGUAGAUCUCUUAACUAGCCUCUAAAUGAGACUAAAACUCAUGACAACCCAUAGCGCCUAAGCGAGAUCAACAUGGCCCUUGAACGCCUCAACAAAACAACAAAACAGUAAAAGACAGAGACUCCGCGUCAGUGUCUUGCUGUACACCAAAAGGGUUACCUGUAAAGAAACGGACAAACAUGGACUUGAGCAGACUGUGUGUAACUACAGAGAGCAACUAUAGAGGGAAAGUGUCUCUAAGAAAAGAGAAUAUGUUAACGAAUAAAAAACUUUUUUUGUACAGAGAUAUAUUUUUAUGGAAAUACAUUUGUAAUAUAAAAAGAAAAAAUGGAUUGACAUAUAUGUAAAUGUUUUUCUUUUUCAUUAUUGUAGUACAAAUGCUAGUGGGGAGUAUAUGAAAAAUCUCUAUAUAUAUAAAUAUAUAUAUAUAUAUAUAAAUAUAUACAAAGAAAAAUAGAAACAAGGCUUUUUGUAUAUGUAAAAAAGAUUGUACAUAAAAGUUUACAUACAUACUGUACAUAUGUAAGACCCACCAUGGCUUGUCUGCAAUAUAUAAAAUGUAUUUUAUCCGUCUGUAUAUGAUGCUUUGCAUUGUGUCUAAGCUUAUUCUACUUUCUUGAACUUGAAACUUAUUUUGAAGGUUUUGGAAUAAAAUAUAAAACCUACUUUCCAUCAGAGUAUUUAUUGAAUGCCUCGAGCCCAGAAUCCAUUAGCUAAUCAUGCACAAUUAGCCUCUGGGGGUAAUAUGCAAAGGCAUUUUAUAUAACCAGUGUUCCCGGUGCAGCUCGUCAUAUCUAGGCCAAGAUAUUUGCUUCCACUUGUUAUGUUGGUGUUUAAUAUUUCUCCAUAUAGUAAAGAAGCAUCAAAUGAUUUAUGGAAGUAUGUAUUUGAGGUCCACAUCAGAUGUUUGCUCUGUGUAUUGACUGUUUACCUGCACACUUACAGCAGCGUCCUAACCCCACUCUUGGAUUUACUAGCACAAGUACG